GUUCGGUCUUGGUUUCCUGUGCGGAACUGCUCUGACUAUCAGGAAGUUAGGGCGGUGGUGUACAAGCAGCGCGGAGUUCCUCUCACUUUAUUCUCGUGUUCAUCAGGUAAAACAAAAAAAACAGCCAAAAUGUCGAGCAAAAAAGCCAAGGGGAAGACCACCAAGAAGAGGCCCCAGCGCGCCACCUCCAAUGUCUUCGCCAUGUUCGACCAGUCCCAGAUCCAGGAGUUCAAGGAGGCCUUCAACAUGAUCGACCAGAACCGGGAUGGUUUCGUUGACAAGGAGGACUUGCAUGACAUGUUGGCUUCAUUGGGAAAGAACCCUACAGAUGAGUACCUGGAGGCCAUGAUGAAUGAGGCCCCUGGCCCCAUUAACUUCACAAUGUUCCUCACCAUGUUUGGCGAGAAGCUCAACGGCACUGACCCCGAGGACGUCAUCAGGAACGCAUUUGCUUGCUUCGACGAGGAGGGGACGGGUUUCAUCCAGGAGGAUUACCUGAGGGAGCUUCUCACGACCAUGGGAGAUCGGUUCACGGAUGAGGAGGUGGACGAGCUCUUCCGCGAGGCGCCGAUCGACAAGAAGAGCAACUUCAACUACGUGGAGUUCACUCGCAUCCUUAAGCACGGGGCCAAAGACAAGGAUGACUAGAUGGCCGACCACCGCCCACCCACCUUCCCCGGAUACCUGGAGACCUCCUCGCUCAACUUGUGCACCGUGUCCUGUCCUUUUAACCAGUUAGGUUCAUUCUGUUGACUGCCUUAGCAAUAAAGCCAGACUGCAUAUACCAGAAGGCACAACCUUUUUUUUUUAAUUUUUACCAGAUAUCUGAACCUCAGAAAUCAGUCGUAGCAGAUGUGCUCGUCUGUCAUAAAUAUCCGUUUUUGACCCCGCAGAAGGUCGUGUGUAUCCCUGUGGCGUGAAAAAUCGCUGUUAAAAAAUGUAAAAGCAACAGGAAAUUCAUCCACGAAACACCCUUGUUAAUUUAAAGGUCUGACUUAGCUGGAUUUUUACAUUUUGUAAGCUGAUACUUUUGAAAUAAAGUUCUCUAUCAACUUG